AUGGAUUACAAUUUCUGCGUCACAUCUCUUGAAUCUGAUCCGCAAAGCAAAACCGCAACAAGUGUCCUAGGAUUGCUUAUAGCAUCAACGACGAAUGCUGCGUCUAACACCAUUAGCGUGAGAGGAAUCGCUCAAAAGAUUUUCAAUGACGGGAAAACUUCACCCGCUGUUAAAGCAGCCUUACAAGAUUGCAUCAAGUUUUAUGGCGAUGCUAUUGAUUCUUUAAACGAAGCUUUAACUGCUGUUAAAUCGCAUGAUUACAGCAGUGCUAAUGUGCAAUUGAGUGCUGCUUUCGAUGUACCGAGCAAUUGUGAAGAUGGAUUCAAAGAAGGCAAGCAAGCGAAAUCUCCUAUUACAAAUGAGAACAAUGUUUUGACUCAGAGAAUUUUAAUUCCUUUAGCUUUUUCAAACAUGGUGUAA